AUGGGGUUGAGGUGGGUGUUGCGUGACGAUGAUGGGCGUUUCUUGGCAGCGAAUUGCCUUCGGAUUCAAGGCCGGUACACGGUUGUUGAAGCUGAGGUCCUGUGUUUGCGUGAGGCGCUGUCUUGGUUACGUGAUACUGGCAUGGGGGAAGUAGAUGUAGAAACAGAUUCCCAGUUAUGUAUACAUGCACUGAGGUCUGAGUCUUUCUUUUCUGCGUUUGGUUUUUUAAUUGAUGAUGUAAAACAAGUUGCCUCAUUGUUACAAGGGGUAAGUUUUGCUUAUGUUAGGCGAUCUGCGAACCGUGCGACCCAUGCUCUUGCAAGGGAAGCCGUUUCUAUGUCAGGUCCGGGGGAGUGGUUUGAUGUACCUCCUGACUUUUUGGUCCCGUUUCUUGACUACGAUUUAAUGAAUUGA